UGUUAUUAUAUUCCUAUAUGCACACAACCAUCUUCAUCAUUCCCAGUCCUAUAGAUAUAUAGAGAGAGAGAGAAAACAUUGACUUAUAUAGAGAGAGAAACAGUGUUUUUUAUGAUUAUUAUUAAAAUAUGAAAGGGGAAUUCGUAGAUCAAGAAAACAACAAGGAUAGUGCCAAUAUGUUCACUAAGAUCCAUCAUUCUCCUCACCACCCUUAUCACCACCCUCCGCCGCCGCAAAACCCUAAUUUUCACCUUUCCGGCGCCGAUGAAACGAACAACCGCAGCCCUGCUUCGCCGUCCGGCGGUGAUCGGAAGGAGGCAAUUGCACCGCAGCCGGUGUCUGCUAGGCCGCCGCCGCAGGCGGCGGCGGCGGCGAGUGGCGGCAGCGACGGAGCGAGCAUCGAGGUGAUCCGGCGGCCGAGGGGGCGGCCGCCGGGGUCGAAGAACAAGCCGAAGCCGGCGGUGAUCAUCACGCGCGACUCGGAGGCGUCGAUGAGUCCGUACAUUCUAGAAGUCCCGGCCGGGUCGGAUUUGGUGGAGUCCGUGACCCGGUUCUGCCGGAAACACAAUACGGGUCUCUGCGUUCUAAACGGGUCGGGUACCGUUUCCAACGUGACUCUCCGGCAGCCCUCCUCCACCCCCGGCGCCACCGUCACGUUCCACGGCCGCUUCGAUAUCCUCUCGAUCUCCGCCACCGUCGUGCCGCCGAACGCGAGCUUUAUGUACAAUGGAACCGGCAGCGCCUUCACCAUCUCGCUGGCCGGGCCUCAAGGCCAAGUGGUGGGUGGGGCCGUGGUGGGGCCCCUACUAUCCGCCGGAACCGUUUACUUAAUUUCCGCCACCUUCAACAACCCGUCUUAUUACCGGUUCCCGACGGAGGAGGAGACCAGAAAUUCCGGCGGCGGGGGAAGCGGGGGAAGUGAAGGGCGUCAUCCGUCGCCGCAGACGGCGGUUUCCGGCGGAGGAGAGGGCAGUGCCGCCGCGCCGGAGCCCUUGUAUAGCGGCCAUUUAGGUUCUGACGUCAUCUGGGCUCCGACCGCUAGACAGCCACCGCCAUACUAAGAUUUGUGUUUUUGUUUAAUAUAUAUCGAUAUUCAAAGCUUAUUUUAGUUUGACUUAGAUUAUUUUUCCUAAUUUUUGUUUACCACUUUUGGUCUUUUGUUUUGUGUAGAUUUUAUUACUAUAUUCUAAUUAUAGUAUUUUAAUCAUAUAGUUAAUGUGUUGCUGCAAUGCAAAGAAGAAUGUAGUUUUA